CUAAUUUUAUAGCACAUAUGCAUCUGGCAACACAGUCGGCCAUAUUAUUUCAUAACCAAAAAAUUCCAUUGCACAAUUUUUCACGAAAAUAGUCAAUAUUUCCCGGUAAUUCUCAGAAAAAAGCAUCAGCAUGGCUGCCCAGUUGUUCAACAGAAUCGGUCAAAUUGGCCUGGGAGUGGCGCUCGUGGGCGGAGUGGUGAAUUCUGCCCUGUACAAUGUUGACGGCGGGCACAGGGCGGUGAUCUUCGACAGAUUCUCAGGUAUCAAGCCGGGAGUAACGGGCGAGGGUACUCACUUCUUCAUUCCGUGGGUGCAGCGGCCGAUCAUCUUCGAUAUUCGCUCCCAGCCACGCAAUAUUCCCGUGAUGACGGGCAGCAAAGACCUGCAGAAUGUUAACAUCACGUUGAGAAUUCUCUUCCGGCCGGUACCGGAUCAGCUGCCGCGCAUCUACACGAUCCUGGGCCAGGAUUACGACGAGCGCGUGCUGCCAUCCAUCACAACGGAAGUGCUGAAAGCCGUGGUGGCGCAGUUCGAUGCCGGCGAGCUCAUCACGCAGCGAGAAAUGGUGUCGCAGAAGGUGAGCGAGGACCUCAUCGAGCGCGCUUCGCAAUUUGGCGUGAUUCUGGACGAUAUCUCCAUCACACACUUGACUUUCGGCAAGGAGUUCACACAGGCCGUCGAGAUGAAGCAGGUGGCACAGCAAGAAGCCGAGAAGGCGCGCUUCCUCGUGGAGAAGGCCGAGCAGCAGAAGAAGGCCACCGUGAUCUCGGCCGAGGGUGACGCUCAGGCGGCUGAGCUGCUGGCCAAGUCUCUUGCCACGGCCGGCGAUGGUCUGGUGGAGCUGCGGCGGAUUGAGGCGGCCGAAGACAUUGCCUAUCAAAUGUCGCGCUCGCGCGCUGUCACUUACCUUCCGCCUGGGCAGAAUCUGCUCCUCAAUCUGCCCGCGCAGUGAAGUGUCUAGCAUUUAGAAGGAAAACGGCUUGUAGGACGGAAAUAGUUGGCAAAGUGGCUGGAAACUUGUUCAGAUAUGUGCUUCUCUUUCGGCCAAUGAAGAUGAUUUUAUAUUCUCGAUUGAGGCAUUUAUUGAGAAAAAAAAUAGAGGCGCAUUCAAUCAA